AUGCCGCCGAGCGGGUCGGCCGCCCGAUUGGCGAUCGCAUGCCUGCUGCUGGCCGGCGCUGGAUGGGCGAAGGAUGCGCCCCAGGUGCCGAUCGGCGCCGGAGGCAGCGGUGGGGAUGAGAGGAACGGGACCAAGGGGUCGAGCACGGUGGGGGGGAAGAUCGGGGAGACCGUGGAGGGGGCGCUCAAGGAAGAAUUUCGGGAGGAGGUGGAGGAGGCGGAGAGGGACAGAGGGCGGAACUUCAACGAGACGGCGCACAAAUCGGACGCCCAGCUUGAAACUGUGGUCAAGGUUCCCAGGCACAAGGCCAAGGUGUCCAACGACAGCCUUGGGGUGGGCUCCGAUGGCUCCCAGCACCCGUUGGCUGAGUCCGGGACCAACAGUGCUGCAGAGUCCUCAGAUGGCAAUGAGAACGAUGUGGAUCGGAUCAUCGACUCACAGGACAAUGUCUUCAUCCUGUCGACUCCACAGUUCUUCGCCGCCUUGACUCUGGACCCUCGCCUCAUCAAGGACCUAACGAUAUUGAUAACCACCGCAGCUGUCACUGGAAUGCUGUUUGAGGCCGUGGGCCAGCCUGUUAUCAACGGCUACCUUAUUGCGGGUGCCAUGGUGGGCCCAGGGGGCCUUGCGCUGAUCAAGGAACUUGUUCAAGUGGAGUCCUUGUCCCAGCUUGGCGUCCAAUUCCUUUUGUUUUAUCUGGGAAUGGAAUUUUCUUUUGCCAAGAUGAGGGUCGUGGGAGGCGUGGCGUUGAUAGGCGGCGUGAUCGAGGGGUUCAUCUUUGUGGGCGCGGCCGCCUCUCUGGCCACCGCAUUUGGGGGCCCUCUGGCCCAGGGCAUCUUCCUGGGCGCCCUCAUCUCCAUGUCCUCCACUUCCGUCGUUGUCAAGGUCCUUGAGGCCGGCCGGGCCACGGCCAGCCAGCACGGGCAGAUCACCAUCGGAACGCUCAUCCUGCAGGACUGCACGGUGGGGGUAAUGUUUGCGAUGAUGCCCAUCCUGAGCGGCAAGCACGGAGCAGAUGAUGUGCAGACGGCGAUGGCGAUCGCCGGCGUGUUGGCGAAGCCGGGAUUUUCCGUGGCCAUGGCCGUUCUUCUCGCAAGGACAGUGCUGCCGCAUGUGGUGCGGCUGCUCACAAGGCACGCCAGCCCGGACCUGUUCCAGGUGGUGCUCAUCGCCUUGUGCCUCAUGUCCGCAUGGACCACCGGCUGGCUGGGACUGUCGGAAGAGCUGGGUGCAUUCAUGGCGGGCGCCAUGCUCUCGAGUGUCGCCGACCACCGCGAGGCUGCCCUGCGCUCCGUGGACGGCGCCCGCAACGUCUUCACCACCCUCUUCCUCACCUCCAUCGGCCUCGUCAUGUCGCCCACCUUCCUGUGGGAGCACCUCUGGUUCCUGGCACUGGGACUGGCGGCCGUCUUCGCGUGCAAGGUGGCCAUCGUGGCCGCAGUCGUGGCUGCGUUCCGAUUCGACUUCAAGACGGCGCUCAUGGUGGGCCUCAACCUGGCCCAGAUCAGCGAGUUCGCCUUCGUGCUGCUGUCGGUGGCCAUCGACCUGGCGCUAAUCGAGCAGGAGAUGUACCUCAUGCUCAUCGGCGUAACGGCGCUGUCGCUGCUCAUAACGCCCGCCAUCCUGCCGGCGGCCCGCUGGUGGCUGUUUGGGCUAAAUGCGGCCCCCGAAGAUAAAUUGGGCUCGGCUGAUCCCCUUCGAGAAGAGGAGUCAAUAUCUGAGCCUGGACUCGCGGAGGACGAGGAGUCGCUGUUCGGCUCCGGAAAUCUACAAACCAUCCAGAGGAGAAACAAGUCUGGGGUGGCCCAAUUGCAAGAGUGA